AUGAAGAACCUGGGAUAUUGUUCAUCCUCAAAAACAACAAUCGUUAUCUUCAUUCAUGUGGUAACAAUACUUGUCACUCAAUAUCUCACCCAACGAACAGAAGCCUUUGACCCUCUUAUCCAGCUGCCACGUUCCACCUUUACCAGAACCAGAACCCGAACUCGACCCAGAUCUCGACGGGUCAUUUCUGUCAUUGAUUUUGCUGCUAAAGGGGAUGGCCUUCAUAAUGACACCCAGGUAAUCACAAAGUUGUUUUCUUUCAACCCUAUUCCAUAUUUGGUAACCAUCUCUUUACCUUGUUUUCAGUCAUUCCUCGAAGCUUGGAAAACUGCUUGUUCUUUCCCUGGGUUUGCGAAUGUUGAUGUUCCAUACGGGAAAACUUUUCUUAUCUAUCCAGUUGACAUUGCUGGGCAUUGUAAAUCAAAGAUCACAUUAAGGGUAUGCACAAAUAAAGAAUCAAAUCUCUCAUAUACACAUGUAAAUCUUAGCAUCUGCAUAGACUACACACACACAUAUGUAAGACGUUUUAUCUACUUGAUGUUCUUAAAGAUUUUAGGUACAAUAGUAGCUCCAAAAGACCCUGCAGUAUGGAAUGGCUUAAAUCAGCGCAAGUGGCUUUACUUCCAUGGGGUGAAUCACCUUACUGUAGAAGGUGGUGGAAGCAUCAAUGGAAUGGGACAUGAAUGGUGGGCCAGAUCAUGCAAGACCAACUCCACAAUUCCAUGCCAUCCUGCUCCAACGGCCCUCACUUUUCAUAAAUGCAAGAACCUGAAAGUGAAGAACCUUACCUUGUUAAAUAGCCAGCAAAUGCACUUGGCAUUCACUAGUUGCAUGCGGGUCGUUGCAUCCCAUCUUAGAGUGUUAGCACCUCCUUCAAGCCCUAAUACCGAUGGAGUCCACAUUAGCGUAUGUAAGGGUGUUGAGGUCAGAGAUACUGUAAUUAGAACAGGAGAUGACUGCAUCUCUAUAGUCCGAAAUUCUUCACGGGUGUGGAUCAGAAACAUUACAUGUGGUCCAGGCCAUGGCAUCAGUAUUGGAAGCUUGGGAAAAUCAAAUGUAUGGGAGAAGGCACAAGAUAUAUACGUUAAUGGAGCUUACCUUUCCAACACUGACAAUGGGGUGAGAAUCAAAACAUGGCAGGGUGGGGCAGGUUUUGCAUCGAAGAUCACGUUUCAGAAUAUUCUUAUGGAAAAUGUGUCAAACCCAAUAAUAAUAGACCAAUACUACUGUGAUUCCCCAAAACCAUGUAAGAAUCAGACUUCAGCCGUCAAAGUAGAGAGCAUAUCCUUCAUUAAUGUUCAGGGAACUUCAGCCACCAAAGAAGCAAUUAAGUUUGCUUGCAGUGAUACAUCUCCAUGUGAAGGAUUAUAUCUGGAAAAUAUUUCUAUUGUAUCAGCAUCAUGCUCCUUCAUAGGAAACACAUCAUCUUACUGCUGGCAAGCUUAUGGCUCUACUCAGGGUUUUGUGUACCCUCCUUCCUGUUUGUUAAGCAAUGACAAUUUCAUUAAACAGAGUGUGUCGUUAGGAUCAAAACCUGCUGCUGAAUCAAUCUGAACUUUACUCGAGUACACGAUUUCGCAGACAAUGAUGAAUAUUAUAAAGAAUCCACAGAAGUUACAUUUCCAUCGAUGAUUAUUCUCCUUAGUGUCUGUUCUUUUCUUUUUUGUAAAUUCUAACAAUCUAUUCGUUAUGUGCAUGAAUUCCCUAGAAAUCGUGACUA